AUGAACUGGUUCCUUGCUGAAAAGGAUAAUAUGGAAGAGGAAAUUAAACUAUUGUCUGUAGCGGACUUUAAAGAUGUCAAUAAACCCGGAUGCAGUUCUGAAAUCCCAGAAAUAAUUGCACACUCCAGUAAAGCUAUUGAAGUGCCAAAAGCGACGGAGAGAAAUAAGUAUGCUAGUUUAAUGGAAUUUCCAUUUGCUGAUGGUAGCCCGAUAGCUGAGUUGGCUAAUUUCUAUAAAGAAUGUUUACAAGCGCGAUCAGCCACUGAUGAAUGGGCAGACAUAGCAGAAGCUUCAGCUUCCACUGAUUCUGAGUCUCUUGCGCAACAAUUGAAGAUGUUUGAGGAUGCUGUUCCAGAAUUUGACAAUAUGGUUGCCUCAAUGUUUAGCAACUCACAAUAUGGUUCUGAUCACUCA